AUGAUCUACGGAUUGUUAAAAAAGAAAGGUGAUGAAGAACAACCAAAUGAUAGAGAACUAAUUAAUUUAGUGCGAAUAUCGCUGGGAGAUUAUAGUGAACUUGACAAUGAACUGAGAGAAUAUCUUUCAGAUGCUGAAACUAAUUCGUUUUUGGAUAGAAUUAUAAAGGGUUGUUUACAAUUAGAAGCUGAUAGACGUCCAAACAUUAAAGCAAUAGUGGAUUUUUUAAAUGAAGAAUGUAAUGGUUUUGAAUAUGAACAAGAACUUUUCAAUAAUAAGGACAUAACAUUGUGUGAUGAAAACUGA